AAUAGCUGAAAGCGCGGUGCGUUACUUGCAGUCUGCAUGGUUUCACCCCUGUCGAACACAUCUUCAGUGUUAUUUGCACCAAAGAGGAUCCUCUUUGAUUGCACUGUCUCUAAUCAUAUAAAUACUACAACUACCCAUAAGGAUGACUACUGCGAAAGCGUAUAUUAAAGGCUCGGCAUUUCCACCGCUAUCAGAGGGCACUCUUCGACUGUACAGUAUGCGGCUGUGCCCCUUUGCACAGCGUGUUCGCCUGGUGUUGGCCCACAAACAGAUCAACUACGAAACGAUCAACAUAAACCUGAAGGAGAAGCCAGAAUGGUUUCUAGAGCGUAACCCAUCAGGCUCUGUACCAGUGUUGGAAAAGGACGGAAAGAUAGUUUACGAAUCUGUCAUUGUCUGCCAGUACCUGGAUGAUGUAUAUCCACAGAACCGUUUAACUCCCUCUGACCCGUAUCAGAGAGCACAGGACGCCAUUCUGUUGGAUUAUUACUCCAACAAGUACAUUCCCAACUUUUACAAGAUUCUUAGGGAUCAAAAAGAUGAGGAAGCAAAAGAUACAUUUAAGAAAGCUGUGCAGAAGCUGGACGAGGAGUUGAAAGCAAGAGGAAAAUAUUUUGGAGGCAGUCAAGUAGCUAUGAUUGACUUCCUAAUAUGGCCUUGGAUUGAGAGGUUUUCUUUAGUGGCUGCAGUAUUCCCCGAAGUUGUCCUCUCAAAGAGCAACUUUCCUCGCCUCUUUGCGUGGAAACAAAACAUGAUGUCACUUCCGGCAGUAAAGGGCAUUGCCUUUGACGCAGAGUUUCAUCAAAUGUUCUUUCAGAAAUGGCUAGAAGGCAGCGCUGAGGCUUAUGAUGUGGGUCUCGAAGAAUAAAAUCUUUUUAAAAGAAACUGCAUAAUGCCCUUCUCAUAUUUGUAUUUCAAUAGGACUUCGGUUAAUACAGUAAUUUGCAAAUAUUUCGGCGAGGCACAAGAAAAAGCAUUACUUUUGCAAAAUACUGAGCAGUGAGCCAGUAGGAACAAUUCAUUAUCAGUAUCAGUCUUAUUUUAGAAUAUAAGUAUCAGUACAUCAACUUAACGUUACUGUGUUGUUGUUGGUUCGUCAACAAGUCUGUUCUAAUAUACGUAUGUAUUUUGUGCACGUAAUAAAAUCUUUAAAAAUUC